CUUUGCUCUGGUUGUGGUGGAGCUUUCAUUAGCUUCGUCGCACCCACCGUCGCCCUCUUCGUGUCCUCUUCGGCUUAGUCUUAUUGCCGGCAAUAACUACGCUGCUGCCGAACUGAGACCUUCCGCGGGACCGCCGGGCCGGUCCACCAUCACACCGCAAGCAAAGGCGUGCUCCUUCGUCGCCUGCGGGGAUGCUUCGCCACGCGCGGCGGCGCUCCGGCUACGGCCCCCAGUUCUGCGCCGCCGCUGCUGCCCUCCUCCUCCUCGUCUCCCUCUCCGUCCUUCAUUCCCGCCUCUCUUCCGCCCCCUCUUCCUUCCCUCUCCGCCUCGGCCUCCCCUCCGUCCUACCCCGUCGCGCCCCCUCGGAUCGCGACCCCGCUGCCCUCUUCGACGACGCCGACGACAACGCCCUCAACGAGACCGCCGCCGAAGACGACCGGAUCGACGAGCUCGACGUGCUUGAGGAGGAGGAGGAGAUGGACCGCGGCCGGAGUGCCCAGGAGGAGGAGGAGGGAGACGCCGAUGAGCAGGAUCCCGACGAGCCAGCGGUCACCCGGACUCUUAGCUCCGGCCUGUUCUGGGAUCACGCCCUCGGCGUUGCCCGGAGGCGGUUCGGCCAGCUGGAGCAGGAUCCGCGCGGCGACCGCUUCCUUGAUUCCUACGAUGCCCGUCACUUUCGGACCAAGACCGCGUUCGGGUCGGACGACCAGCCGGUGGAUGAGGACGUGCGGCUGAAGCUCGACUCGAUCCGGAGGAUCGAGGAUGCGCUUCUGCUCAAGGCGGGCUCCGGUGACUCGCCUCUGCGGGAGGGGUGGGCGCGGUGGCUCGAGGGGAAGGGGAAUUUCCUCCGGCGGGAUCGGAUGCUCCGCUCGAACCUCGAGCUGUUGAACCCCAAGAACCAUCCUUUGCUUCAGGAUCCGGACGGGCCCGGCCUGGCGACCCUCACUCAAGGCGAUCGGAUGGUUCAGAGGGUGCUGCUGAAGGAGAUGGAGAGUAUUCCAUUUAAUGUGGGUGGGGGUGGUGAGGCUAAAAGAGCCGACGGAAGAAGAAAACUAGAAGUGGAGAAUACGAGAAGGCAAGAGGAAAUUCCGGACGGACAGAGGAAAAGAACUACUUCGGAGGAGGAGGAGGGUCGAGUGCAUGCCGAUGGUCGGCGAUGGGGGUAUUUUCCUGGUAUAGACGCCCAUCUGACUUUUACAGAUUUCAUGGAGCAGUUUCUCGAUAGCAGGCGGUGCAAAAUAAGAGUUUUUAUGGUGUGGAACAGCCCACCUUGGACUUAUGGUGUCCGGCACCAGCGGGGACUGGAGAGUCUUCUGCAUCAUCAUUGGGAUGCUUGUGUUGUUGUGUUCUCGGAGACAAUGGAGCUCAACUUCUUCGAGGACUUUGUGAAGGAUGGGUACUGCAUUCUUUGUCUAAAACGUGGUGCUUUAAGGUUUAGAGUUGCAGUUGCCAUGCCAAAUCUUGAUGAACUUUUGAAGGACACUCCAGCACAUAUUUUUUCAUCUGUAUGGUUUGAGUGGAGGAAGACAUUACAUUAUCCCAUUCAUUAUAGCGAGCUAUUACGUCUUGCUGCUCUCUACAAAUAUGGUGGUAUAUACCUUGAUUCAGAUAUUAUAGUUCUAAACCCUCUGCAUUCACUGAAGAAUUUUGUUUCAAUUGAGGAUAACACAGGUGGCAAUUCAGUCUUUAAUGGUGCAGUGAUGGCAUUCGAAAAGAACAGUUCUUUGAUGCUCGAGUGCCUAAACGAAUACUAUUCAACAUAUGACGAUACCCUUUUAAGGUGGAAUGGUGCUGAUCUCAUGACAAGAGUUAUAAAAAGGAUUUCUGACAAGGCUGGGAAAUCUUCUUUACAGCUUGACAUAAAGAUGGAACCUCAGUUUGCAUUUCAUCCUAUCAGUUCGAUAAAUAUUACAAGGUACUUCGCAGAGCCUGCUGAUCAAUUUGAAAGAGCUGAACAAGAUGAUCUUUUAAAAAGGAUGCUGAAUGAAUCAAUCACAUUUCAUUUCUGGAAUGGCAUGACAUCUGCUUUGGUUCCUGAACCUAACAGUCUUAUGGAGAGGCUUCUAAAUCAGUACUGUCUCCAUUGUCUUGAUGUGUUGUGAUUUUGCAUGGGUGAUCCGACCUUCCAAACAUCCCUGAACCUAACAGUCUUAUGGAGAGGCUUCUAAAUCAGUACUGUCUCCAUUGUCUUGAUGUGUUGUGAUUUUGCAUGGGUGAUCCGACCAUCCAAACAUCGUGUUUUCCAUUGAAGGAAUGACCUCUUGGUAUGCCCAAGAAACGGGAUGGUGCAAGGGUGCUGAAGUGAAAAUUCAGGACUUGUAAGCAGAAAUCAAAGAGGAGCUGCCUUCAGCUAUGUUGGUCAACUUCUGAAUGACAGAUCUUAAUGAAAUCGAUUAGAUUAGCAUGCGAUGCUGAUGCAAGAAAUAAAAGAGUAACCCGUGGAAUCCAGAUUAGAUGCUUGUGUGACUAAAUAGAGAUUUUGAGCACAAGAAUAGUUAUAUAUUUUUGCAUAUUUGAUAAUUUAGAAGGUGUAGAUUCUUUGAAAUUAUCACUCGAAAAGGUUUCGUCAGUGUGACUUUGAGAAAAAUUGUACAAUUGUUGUACCUUCAACCAUUCAUUAUGUUGAUGUUUCUCCUAAA